CGAGGGGCUGGUGACUGGCUUGUUUGCCCGCCUUCUCGCUCUUCCCGUCCACUGACUGACUUUCCCUCUUCUUUCUCUUCUCCUCUCUCUCUUCCUCUUCUCCUUCAGCCCAAUUCCCCCUCUUCUUCCUGUUCGUCUUCCGACGUAAUCAGCCCACGAUUUCCAACUUCAAAUUCGAUACCACUCGCUUUGCACUCUUAACCUAGGAGAUCCUCUCCGCUCUUUACACAUCACACAUUCGCCAUGGCUCUCAAGAGAAUUAACAAGGAACUCACUGACCUCGGCCGUGAUCCCCCCUCUUCCUGCUCUGCUGGUCCUUCCGGAGAUGACCUGUUCCACUGGCAAGCAACUAUCAUGGGUCCUGGUGACUCCCCCUACUCAGGAGGUGUUUUCUUCCUGAACAUCCACUUCCCCACCGACUACCCAUUCAAGCCCCCGAAGGUCAACUUCACCACCCGGAUUUACCACCCCAACAUCAACGCCAACGGCAGCAUCUGUCUUGACAUCCUCAGAGACCAGUGGAGCCCUGCUCUCACGAUCUCCAAGGUGCUCCUUUCGAUCUGCUCCAUGCUCACAGACCCCAACCCCGACGACCCGUUGGUGCCGGAAAUCGCUCACGUGUAUAAGACGGACCGUCCCCGGUACGAAGCGACCGCGCGGGAAUGGACUCGCAAAUAUGCCAUCUGAUCUUCGCAAUUCAAAUUCCACGGCCACCUUGGUCUUCCCAAUCCGCUUCUGCGUCUUCUUUCGCUCCGUUAGAUCAGAUCCGAAGCCUGGCGUACCGUGAUCGUAGAUCCUUUCCUUGUUAUUCUCCGUGAACUAUUUGCGUGUGUCUGGAAUUCCGCGUUUACCCCCUUAUUUUCGCUUUCUCCUUUUUAUUUGCGGGGAAAUGUCAUAUCCAACGAUCAUUAUGACCACUUCUCAUUAUGCAUUCAUGGCAUUUUUUAUUUUCACUCAAUGGAGUCGGAUAAAUGUUACCUGAUGAACAUAAGACCCCAGGAAGGGUGUGGUUUUCGAUAUUUCCUCGGGUCGGGGUUGAGGGGAGGAUGCUGGGUACUGGUACGGUCGUGAGGCAUUGUUGAUGCCUCUGGGUGGUGGAAAUGAUAAGCAGGGGACGAGGAGAGGAGACGAGGGAAGUAGGGGUUGGUUAAUUGGCGAUGCUGCUGGUAAGGGAUUUGGUGGCUUGUAUUCUUCAGUAGGAACCAUUUCAGCAGGAACCAAUUCACCAGUGGAUCGUACUAUGCAGUCAUACGGAGUAGUCAAUGUAGACGUAGUAGCCAGACUCAAACUGGCGGUGUAGGGAUUCAGU